AUGGACCAAGUUGAAAAGAAAGAAUUCGGCAGAUUUGCUGCUCAAUACAUGAGAGACCAUCCUGAAGCUGACGGUGACGAACUAACCCAAAAGUACGAUGAGUCAAAGCAAGGAAAGCAAUCAAUGCAUGUUUAUUGGGAGGAUAGUUUGAAUACAACAGGAAAUGCUCAUUGUGUUUGGUGUCCUUUCAUGCUAUUCU